AUGGUUUUGGCAGGAGACACAUUGCCCAUUGAGGUAUACUGCCAUCUCCCAGUUAUGUGCGAGGACCGGAAUUUGCCCUACGUCUAUAUCCCCUCCAAGACGGACCUGGGGGCAGCCGCAGGCUCCAAGCGCCCCACCUGCGUGAUCAUGGUCAAGCCCCAUGAGGAGUACCAGGAGGCUUAUGACGAGUGCCUGGAGGAGGUGCAGGCCCUGCCCCCACCCAUGUGAAGGACUCGGACACUUGCUCCAGAAGUGGUUGGUCUGGCAGUGGGCCAGCUGGUUGUCCUCCUGCGGCCUGUGUCUGUGCAUCGCCCUGGUCCCCUGCAGCAUGUCUUCUUCCCGGGCAGCUCCGCCGGCUCUUUUGUGAAGGCAUAGCCGGAAUGUUCCGUUGAGCAUCGGUGAAGACCACUCCGAGGAU